UUACAGCAUGGAGGAAACAUUCAGAUGACUUCGAAUGGACUGACACAUACAGCGAAAAGCUUAAAUAUGAAGUUCGCGGGAUUCUGUCGGGUGCGUUGUGUAAACCUUCAUUGUUAAUGUUUGGCCCGUCUGGACAUGGAAAGUCAGCUUUCAUCAACUCCGUGUCAACUAUUAGCACAGACAGAAAAUCAAACAAAACAAACAGUGCUUCAACUACAAAACACGCAACAUCAGUGUUUCGCAGGUACGAUUUUGAAGACUUGUUUUACACAUUUCGGAUAGCAGAUACAAAAGGCAUUGUGGAAUUUGAACGAGACAAUAAAUACCUUGUUGAAAACAUUGUCAGCAUCGUUAAUGGACAUUUUCGUCCAGGAAUAGAGUUCAAAGGUGAAGAAUUCCAAACGAAUGGCGACUUUUACAUCGAUUUUCCAGUGGAAUCUGACAAAGUGCAUUGUGUGAUUCUAAUGUUUAACAUGAAAAUCUUUGUAAAUAAAGGCGCGCUUUUCAAGCUAAACUACCGUACGUUAGUCACAGAUUUGUCAGAAGAAUUGAAUCGUUUAGAUAUUCCAAGGAUCGUAAUCCUUACUUAUGCAGACCAGGUAGAUGAAAAAGUAAAGAAUGAUAUUUCAUGCAUAUUCUACAAAGAAGAGGUAAAAAAGGCAGUUUAUACUGCCAGCGAGUGGUUAGGCGUACCUGUAGAAAACAUACAUCCUAUCGUUAAUUACUCAAACACAGUGUAUGCAGAUCUGAAUCAUCGCCUUCAUAUUCCGAUUCUGCUUGCUUUACAAUCAGCUCUGUAUUAUGCCAGGGACACGCUACAUAAAAGAAAUCAAAUAUAAGAAAUGUUUAAGCAAAGCCCAAUUUUUACGUUUACGUAAGGCGAUUUCCAAUUAUAUAAUUAUUUGUUGUAAAAUAUUCAAUUCUGUUUUACCCUUUAUAGCAUGUACAAUUUGCUUCAAUUCACGUCUUAAUACAAGUUGACUACCAUAUUUGAAAAUGAUCAUAGAUAAUUUGGAAAAAGGUCAUAGCCAACGGUUGUAUAUAGAAUAUUCAAACAUUAAAAUCAAGAUUUUCAUUUUUGUAGAUCGCUUGCAUUUGUUUAACCUUAAAAUGUGAGAAGCAUAUUAUCUUUUAUAAUUACUUUUCAAAAUUCAUAAUUAAUAUUCUUAUGUGAUAUUAUUACAGUGGUUACUAUACAAGGCUACUCAACGUUUCUGUAGAGAAUCAAAUUAUCCUUCUAAACUUGUUGAGCUUUUAAAUGCUGUCUAGUCGGGUCGGUUUUGCAAAAUCUUAAGCAGCAUAUUAACUUUUACUAUUCUUGAGAAUAUUGGGAGCUUUUUUAAUAUGUGGAUUUAUUUGUAUUUUAAGCAUAUUAAGCAUUGAGAAUGAUCAUAAAGAAGUUCCAUAGAAUCCACAAAUUUAAAAAAAAAUAAAGAAAUCAAUAAUUUAUUUUUUGUUUUCUUGCAUAAAUUAUUGAUACAAUUCAAGAUCAGAUCUGCCAUGUACAAAAUACAACCUCUAAAUGGUUAGCCGGUCCAAUGUAAGCUGGAUAUUUAGGUCAAUACCUCACAUGAAUUAAACCCAUAGUCAUAAGGGGUCAACAACGUAAACUUUACCAACACAAUGCCCAUAUUUUGCAUUAAAAGUACACACUUAUCAAAAGAAAUACCAAACACUUAAUUUAGUAACCUGUCUUACAUAUGACCACUUAACUCGUUAAAGUAUCUUUAAUGCUUUCAAAUGUUAAGUACAGUAUAAACUUCUGACUGAAAGUUCUAAAGAUGAUAGCUCGAUACGUUUAACUUUGUUAAAGUAGGCUAAAGCAACAUGCCUCUAAUUUGAUUCUAAUUCUUUGUUCAUUUCAAAAAUGUACUUAAAAGUGAAAAACUUUGAUAUGGACAAAGAAAAUAAUUUACUCAUUGCAAGCAGUACUUGCAAUCCACAUGAAUAACAAUACGAGACCAAAUGAUCAAAAGUAGUCAUAGGGCCUUACAUUGCCUCAGAAACGUAGUAGAGAUUCUGACAAUAAAUCAGUCCUUAAUCACAUAACAUAUGAAUUAUUUCUAUGUACUUGAAUAUUGUUUCUUUUUACUUUUUUCUCAAGCUUAAUUUUCUUGAAAUAGUUUGCUCAUUCGAAUGCAUGCAUCUUUGAGAGGUUAAAAAGUACUUGUAAUGAAAAAAAUAGUGAACAACAUUUGUCUGGUCGAGCCAAACUGGCAUACUUAGGGCUGCAUGCUGAUGAUUAUAAAACUAUGGCCCUGUUAAACGUUGUAUUCUACAUUUUUUACUUUAGAUGAAACUUUUUUUCUUCUUUUUCUUUCAAGGAUGUUGUUACUUUAGUGAUUUAUUUCAUAUUACAAAUGGCUGUCUAUUUAUAUAUUCUACUGAUAUUUUCUGUUUCAAUUGUAUUGACAAUGUAAAUUCAUGUACAGUAAUGUGUGUAGCGGGUGACACGAAAAAGUGUUUAAUAUAAUACAUGUAUUAAUCUUAUAAUUGUUUUAUUUUAACAAAGUUUUGGCUUAUUUUACUGGGUCCGGUAUUAAAUCAGUCAAGCUGCUAUCUCCACUGACGUCUGUUAUUAUUUCAUGCCAUUAUAUGGUUUACUAGAAUAAUUCCAAGAAUUACACUUUGAUCAAUUAAUGAGAUUCUUAACACGGUUUACAUAUUGUUCUACCAGACGGUCUUACAUCUCUUACGACCUAGUCCGACAACU